AUGUUCAAGACCGCUGUUGUUUUCACGGCCCUCGCUGCCACUGCCGUGGCCUCUUGCAAGGACGCCAUCCUCCCCCUGGCUGUCGGCGACACUGGCAGCUGUCUGUCGAUUACCGACCUUCUGCCCCUCAUGAGCGCGGACGGGUCCCUUGUCCAGCCGCUCGACACGUACCUGUCCAAGCUCUGCAGCAACUCCACGCCCGGAUGCAGCAACGACACUCUCUCGAGCGCCAAGUCGUCUCUCGAAAAGGGCUGUGCCGAGGACAUGAAGAACCCCACGUCCCCAGCCACCAUCCUCAUCAGUGUCAUUGACAGCUAUGACAACAUAUACGCUGCGGCAUGCUCGAAGAACUCGACCACGAGCAAGUUUUGCGUGACCGAGACCUUGGAGACUCUCCAGACGGACACGAACAACAACAUUACCCUCGCCUACCUCUCGGGCAUCCUCGGUGGCGAUACCAGCUCCUUCGCAGCCCUUGAGCAGAGCUUCCAGUCGGGUCACAUGUGUACGAGUUGUGUUGCUGGCAUCUACUACGAAGCCACCCAGAUCAACUCGACGUUGACCAACACCGUCGUCGGCUCUGCUGUCGUGGGCCAGUGCGGUGCCGACUUUGGCAAGUCUGGGCCGACCGAUGUGACCGUUCAGAAGCCUGGCGCGGCAAGCGGCGCGGUCCCCGGCGAGACCACAACGUCCCUCAAGAACGGUGCUCUUUCGUACAGCCUUGCGCCGUUUGCAGUAGUCGGUGCCAGCGUUGUGGCCGUCUUUAUCGGAGCUGCAUCUGUGUUCUAG